ACUUUACGAGACGAAUAAGGAUUUUAAGGUUUAAAAAAUUGGUCUCGUAUUUCAUCCUUGUCAGUUAGAUUAGUGGUUCUUCUCAUGGGACUAGCCAAGAUCAGGAAUCUUUUUUAUAUACAUGAUUGAUAUAAAAAAUAUUUUGAAUUUCACUACUUGGAAGAUAAACUCAAAAGGUCUAAAAUGAUUUUUAACUGGAACCUCCACAUUUUAUUAAUCUUCUGCAGCUUGCUCUGCAUUGAAGUGGGUAGUGAUGCAAUACAAUCACUAUCAAGGAAAAGAAGAUAUGUCGUCUUUCCAGAAGGUUCCAGUUUUUCUAUUGCACUAUGUAUGACUGUUCAUACACUAACGCCUGAUGAUAUUUUCACUGAGGGAUUGAAUUGGGGAAUUUCAUACGAUUUACCUAAUGAGAGUAAACCCGAAUCGGCACCAGUUUUGGCAUUGAGAAAGGACAUGUUUAAAUUAAAAAAUAAAGUCAAAAAAAUUCCCAUGAAAGACAAGAAUAAUUAUUACAAGUAUAAAAAUUGGAACACAGAUGACAAAUAUUAUGUUUCGCCGAAUUAUAAAAAAUUUUACAAGCACAAUUACCAUUAUUUACAAAGACGACAUAGAAGAGAUCUCUACAAUAAAUUAGAAGUCAUCAUGAAAGCAAUGGGAUUCGAUGGAAGGAGUUGCAUCCUACGUGCGUUAUGUGAGGCUUCCCAGCGACUUAUGCCAAAAGGAAACACUCUCGUUGAGGAAAUGAUGAGGAUUGCUUUUUCGUUACCACUGAGGAAAGUAUUUCCGUUUGAACCAGAUGAACACCACACGUACACGAAUGCUCAUAAAGCCGGUCAUGAGGGACAGAACUGCCUGUCCAUGUUCCCUGGAUGCACUUUCUCUCUUAUAGACAUGGCCCUUGGGAAAUAUAACACACCCGAAGAUCCACCUUACAAUCCAGAUGCCUCGGAAAGGGUGACUGUAACUUCUGAUACAGAGAGAGCAACGGAAUAAGAUCGAUACAACACUAAGUAAUAUGACAAAUGUUAGAUAUAUGAAUAAUGUAUACAAAUAAAUGUUACACUUAUCAACCCCCAGGGUUUUAACUUUUCUCUUUCUUCUAAUCUUCACAGUAAUAUAACAAAAUACACGGAAAGAAAAAUCUAGUAAUAACUCUGCCGUCCUAAUGAAGAAAUUCGGUUUUUGCAUUCAGGGCGAUUUCAAGAUAUUUAACCCUAGAACGGAAAUAUGAUUUUUUAUACACUAACGGAAAACUGGGGUGGUUUGGAACCCCAGAUUUGAAACAUUUGUAAAAAGUUUCUGUUUCUCUGAAAACAACUCUUAUAUAGUACAUUUUUAUCGUUUUUCAAUACGAAAGACGAUGGUAUAAUUUAUUUUUUAUCAAAGUGUAGAGAAACUUGGAAAAUGUUAAAACAAAAGAGAACAGAAAAUUUAAAAAUUUUGGAAAAUGUAUCCUCUUCUUGUAAUUAUUGCAAUUUCUCAACAAUGUGGUCAGUUUUUAAUCAAUUAAGUGAAUUUUAAAGGUAAAUAAAGACAGUUUAAGAGUAAAAUAUUGACUUUUGCAUUAGUUGAAAAUAUUAAAUUUUUCAAAAAAUGAAGCAAUGAAAAGUAAGGAAAGAACAGCAUUUUAAUAAGAACUUAUUAAAAUAAUUACAAUUUAUAUUAACUAAUUUUUUAUGCUUUUUUUAAUGGCGCUAAAAUAUUCCAGAAAUGUUUAUUUUCUAUAAGCAAAAUGUCGAUUACUGCUCGAAAUUUAUUUUUAAAUCUUGGAAAUACUGCAAGAGUCGAUACCUGCAAGUACCGAACUUUUCAAACUGAUUUCACGAAAGCAGAGUAACGAAAGACUAAUUUACUCUAAAAUUAAUUAUUAUUUAUGAAUCAUAAUUAUAACUACAGCUAUAUUGUUUUUUUGUAACGAAUCCAGUGAUAUAAAAACUAGUUUUGCAUAAAAAUGUCAAAU